AUGAACGUCAGAAGCAUAUCAUUGGCCUCCAGAAAUGUCUGGAAGGCGAGAAACAUCAGAUUUUAUUCCCAGUCCAACAAUAAGGAGACUACCCAUUUUGGAUUCAAGACAGUUGAUAAGGAACAAAAGGAAGACUUAGUUAAAGGAGUCUUUUCCUCCGUGGCACUGUCCUAUGAUGUCAUGAACGAUGCUAUGUCAAUGGGAGUCCACAGAUUAUGGAAGUCACAUUUCAUCAAUCGGUUGGACGCGGGAAUGCGCCCUGGUUCCGAUAGACCAUUGGACUUUUUGGAUGUAGCUGGAGGAACAGGUGAUAUUGCCUUUGGGUUAUUGGAUCAUGCUGAAGCCAAGUUUGGAGACAUCCGGUCUACCAUGACUGUUGCUGAUAUCAACGCUGACAUGCUUCGAGAAGGAGAGGUUAGAUAUGGUAAGACCAAAUAUGCCAAAGAACCCAAACAAAGAGUUGAGUUUAUGGUUCAAAACGGUGAAAUUAUGGAUAAGAUUCCCGAUAACUCAAAAGACGUUUAUACCAUUGCAUUUGGUAUAAGAAACUUCACCAAUAUUCAAGCUGGUUUGAACACUGCUUAUAGAGUCUUACGUCCUGGAGGAAUCUUUGCUUGUUUGGAAUUCUCUCAAGUGGAAAACCCACUAGUUGAUUAUAUUUAUCAAGCUUAUCUGUUUCUGAUGUUACCCAUGAUGGGUCAAUUGAUUGCCAAUGAUAGAGAUUCAUAUCAAUACUUGGUUGAAUCGAUUCGGAAGUUCCCCAAGCAAGAAGAAUUCAAAGGUAUGAUUGAAAAGGCUGGGUUCUAUGUUCCUGAUCAAGGUUAUGAAAACUUGACUUUUGGUGUAGCUGCCAUUCAUAUUGGUGUUAAGUUAUAA